CUUCCUGAAAAACACAAUCAAGCUGUCAAAUGCUUGUUGCUCGAAGGAAAGUCGGCGCUCGUGUUUAAAAAAAAGUAUCGCGUUAACCGUAACCGACGCGCUGUCGGUGCAGAUCCUGUUCGGAUGGUGACAUGUUGAAUAGCGCGUCGAGGUUUUUGUUUUUGGUGUUUAAAACAGAGUCGUGAGUAUUUCUUUUCGCUCCCAGUUUGGCUGUACUGGGUGGGUUGGCGUGUCGGUGGUUCGUGACUGUCGGUGUGGCUAGCAGCGAGAUUUCGUGGCGAUGAGACCGUUAUCAAGAAGUGCCUUUCAGAUGACUCCCUGUGUCGCUGAUCUCUGGUCUCUGCCUGCCUGUACCACCCACACUUCUCUUUCUCCACCUCAGUCAGAGUACUAAUCCUCCCACCUCAAACCGUUCCUUUCUCCACCUGACUGCAGCAUUCAGUCCCACCCACAGCCAAGGGAAAGCAUAAAGGGGGAGGAAAUUAUAAACUGAGCCUGCUGUCAAAGUAGUCAGAGGAUCAUGCUUUGCAGGAACAUUACAUUUCUUAAAUAAAAACAGACGUGUGAUUCACAGUCCACCAACCUAUUACAGUGUCCUUUUACAGUAAAUAACUGCACCAUAACCAGACAUCCUGAACGUAGUGGAUAAGUGCCCAUAUAUCUCGUUUAGUGAGUUUCACUGUGGCUGUCAGCAAAAUGUCUGUGGCAUUGCCAGCUGUGCGCGACACUAAGUGGCUGACUCUGGAGGUGUGUCGUCAGUUCCAGAGAGGCACAUGCUCUCGCAGUGACGAAGAAUGCAAAUUCGCGCACCCGCCCAAGAGCUGUCAGGUGGACAAUGGCCGAGUCAUCGCCUGCUUCGACUCCCUCAAGGGUCGGUGUUCAAGGGAUAACUGUAAAUACCUGCACCCUCCAUCUCACCUGAAGAGUCAGCUGGAGAUCAAUGGAAGGAACAACCUGAUCCAGCAGAAGACGGCUGCAGCCAUGUUGGCCCAGCAGAUGCAGUUCAUGCUGCCAGGAGCCAGUCUGCCUACUGUGUCUUCUUUUCCUGUUGGUCAGAGUCUGGGGCCAGGACCUGGGAUCAGCUACUCCCCGUACCUCUCUCCUGUCACUCAUGGGAUGGGGCUGGUUGCCACGGAGAUGCUCCCGAGCAGCCCUGUGAUUGUCCCUGGCAGCCCUGCGGUAGCAGUGCAGAGCUCAAACUCCUCUUCCUCAUCUCAGAAAACACUGCGCUCUGACAAACUGGAGGUGUGUAGAGAGUUUCAGCGGGGGAACUGCUCCCGAGGAGAGACAGACUGCCGGUUUGCCCACCCUAGUGACAGCCCCAUGAUUGACAGCACUGAUAACACCGUGACAGUGUGCAUGGACUAUGUGAAGAGCCGCUGCUCCAGAGAGAAGUGUAAAUACUUUCACCCUCCUGCUCAUUUGCAGGCACGCCUCAAAAGCUCCCAGAGCACACAGAGCACUGCUGCAACCGCUGCUAUGACUCAGUCAAGUGCCAAAGUGCUGAAGCGACCCCUCGAGGCAGCUGUUGACAUGGCGUUUCCUCACAGCAUGUUGCAGCCACUGGCUAAGCGAGUGGCUCUAGAGAAGAGUGCAGGGCCUGGUGGUCUGUUAAACCCCAGUGUUCUUCACUACCAGCAAGCUCUUGCCAGCGCACCUCUGCAACCUUCUACUGCACUGUUCCCUACAGGCUCAGUCUUGUGCAUGUCUCCUGGACCUGGCAUCGAUCAUUUUGAAAUAGAGCGCAGGAGAGGGACAGAGUGCCAGCGCAACGUACACACACUUCUUAAACGAGUGUGUGGAUAUAACAUCCUCAACUCCACAGAAUUGCCGCUACCUGCAUGCUGACACACACACACACACACACACACACACACACACACUCACACACACAUACAGCCUAAUAAUAUUUUCCCUCUAGUUAUGUUCAAGAAAUAAAUUAUACAGACAUAUACAGUAUAUAUAUAUAUAUAUACAGUAUACACAACAAGAAACUAAUUAUACAGUGUACACAAGAAGAAACUUAUUAAUCAUAUAUGUUUCUAACUUAGUUUCACUGGAACAAAAUCUUACUCUUUUUGCUUGUUUAAGUACAUUAUAUAAUUAUACAGUCAUACACAGUAUCAUCAUCAGUGUUGAGUAUGAAGUCAUUCAACACGUGUUUUACUGUGUGACUCUAUUUGCACUUUUUUUUUUUUAAAGAAAAAGGGCAACAUCUUGAGAAAGACUAUUGAAAGCCCAGUUUGAGGAUUUACACAAUUCUCUCCAAGCGGAGUCCAGAGAUUUAUAAGAGUUUAUCUGCCUGCACCGGCAUCAGAAAGGACUGUCUAACCGAGUGCCGAAGCACGUCAAAGCCAUGCAGGAGGAUGGCAGGCAGCGUGUCACAACCCUGUAGGAGAACGUCAGCCGGCAUGUGAAAGCUAUGCAGGAGAAGGACAGAGUGAGUUCACCUCUCGGCUCCACCCUUAAUGCUUUGCCUGAGCACUGCUGCAAUACGGCAGCCUGGAUAAAGAGAACUCUGUUAGCCAAAUUAUUGAUAGAGGAAAAAAUAAAAUAAAGAUUUUCACCUAUAGGAGUGGCCAAACAGGAUAGUGACACACUAACCCUUUAAGACUUGAUGUGAAUCUGAACUUUAUUACAGCCGUUCUUUUAUAAUUUCUUUAGCUGAAAAAUUAGUGUGAAAGUUUUGCCACCGUAGAGGUUAUUCUCUUAUUCUCUUGAUACUGUGCCGUUGGAAGAGAGUGAAAAAGGAGAGAAGCAAAGAGAUGAUUGUGUGCACUUGUGUGACUUUAUAUGUGCGUGUGUUUGUGCAUAGAAACAGAGCAUAGCAUAAGUAACUACACCUGAGCUCUACAGCUAGACUCGGGGUCUAGACGUCUCAGCAGUGUGAGCUGUUUAGUCGAGCCAAACUGGGUUGCGUUCAUCCUGUUUUUGGUUUCUGUAUUUAUUCUGUUAUGAUUCUGUAUAAGUGCCUAACAAUGUUCUUUACAAGCAUAGUAUGGAUACAGAUUCGAACUGUUCAUGUUUAAUUAUGUUGCUGCAAUCUGUCAUUCUCUCUCGAAACACGGUAAAAAAUGAUUUAAAGGUUGUCCAUGGACGUUAUGUUCACUGUUAAUUUAAAAAAAAAAAAUCUUUGAUGAAAACAAUAACAGAUUUGUUACUACUAACACAAAAACCAUGUCCUGUACAAGAGGAGUCAGUGGCUGCUGUUUGGGAAAAACCUUUUCUCUACUCUGCAUAUACAAUUUUCAAGCCCUUUUACAAGAUGAAUUUGACUGAGGUGGAAAAGAUGCAGGUUACUGCGUCUCGGACUUCUAGCAUCUGUCGAGAAACAAUAUUCCCAAAGUAGCACUUCUUCAUUUAACCAGUUGCUUUGGGUCAAAAAUCACAAUUAAAAUGGAUGUUUUAUUGGUAGGCCUUUAAGAUUUAAGAUUCUACUUACAUUUAUCUCAUUUCCUAGAGCAUUGAUUGACAACAGUGUGACAUGUAACUGACCUAAUACUUAAUAGCUCUAUUAUUGUAAUCCACUUUAAUUUAGGAGACAGUCAAUCAGAUAAUUUCAAUUUGUAAGUGUGUUUGAGUGUUUUUAUGUGUGUUUUUAAUUCAGGGCGGAGAUAAAAUGCCAUGUGAGAACCUAGACAAUCUUUAGUUUAGAUACGCAAAGGCACUGCUCAGACUUGUAGUCAUUUAACUUCUCAGCAUUGCCUGAGGAUAAUUUAUGUUGUGAUCUAUAAGAUAUAUGAGAACUAUUAUGUAAUGUUACGGUAUUGAUUGUGGUUAAUGGACCAUUGUUAUGUUUUGUUUUGAGAUGAAUGUAAUUUAUUUGAUGUAGGGCCUUGUUGUUCAGAUGCUGUUUUAAAAGGACAGCUUGGUGCCACCUUCCUCUCCUGCAUCACCUGACUUGUGUAGGAAGAGAAAAGCAGGGUGCGUGACUUUGGAAAGUUACAGUGUCCUCACUAUAAAGCAUUGAGCGUUACGUCGUAUUAAUUACACAGUUGUUUGUGAAUCUAAUGCUUUGAUAUAAUAGUCGUCGUUUGAGGUGUGUAACUAUGGCAGAAGUCAGCUUUUGUGAAAGAAAAGCCUAGCAGUGAGUAACGCAGGUAGCCAGCUGAGAGCAACAUUCGACACUGCAUGACACAUCAGUGCAGGUCAGGCUGCAGAAGUGUUCGCGUUAUGUCAAAUUAAAGACAACAUUGCAUUUCAUUUUAUCGUUCACUUCUUUUAUGUGAUAAUAUUUUAGAACAGUACUAAUUUGUUAAUGUGACUUCAAAAUUGCUAUGAAUGAUACUGUUUUUGUAAGCGAUGUUCCUUUUUUGUUGUUGUUGUUGUUGUUGGGUUGUUGGAUUUUUUUUUUUCAAUAUGGUAGGUUCAAGUAUAUUUUCCUACAGCUGGAAAAAAUACUUCGUUUCAAUGCCUUAUUGUCAUGGACCAUACUAUUUAAUUGAAAAAAAAUUAGUCUUAAUUUUUUCACUUAUUCUUAUAAAUGUUUAUACAGGUUUAUUUCCAUUGUCCAGGUGUAAAUGCACAUUCAUUGGAAUUUCUUAUAAAACAACAUACUAGUGCUAGAAAAAAAAAAAAAGCAGUGUGUCGUCACUCUGGAGCAUGAGCACGAUCCUGCUGUGACACACUAACAGAUCAAACAUGACUGACAUUACACUCAAAAAAAUAAAACAUUGGAUUUACUUAACCGAGUUAUGGCAAC